AUGUAAACACCAUUCUGUCGGCAUUGCAAUGGACUAUUUACAUUUAGUUUUAUAGUAACCAUGUAUAGUAGGGUGGCAUCGUCUAACAAAAUGUAUAGACUGAUAACUGGAUAAUGUCCCAUGUCAAGAAGAAAGAGCAGUCCAAGAAAUCCAAACGAACACUCAAUUUACUGGAACAGCUUGUGAGAAAUCAGGUGGAGAUUGAUAUAGAAAACAUGGACAAAGAGAAAGGAAAAGUCAACAAGAAAAAGGAAGACACAGAAAGAAAGAUGCAUAUCAAUGGAGAUGUCCGUCAAAAUGGCUACGAGAGAAAGGGAAGGGAGAAAACUAAGAAGUCCAAACAUAAAGUCAAAGAAUCCAGUCAAAGCAAGAACAUUCAUGUUCCAGACACCAGCUCUCCAAAACAGUCCAGAUCCAGAUCCAGAUCACCGUCAAGUUCCUCCAGCUUCUGGUCAAAUGGACGGGAUUCCAGAUCACGAUCUAGGUCAUACUCUCAUUCUAGGUCACGCUCCAGUUCACAAUCAAGGUCAGGUUCAAGGUCAAGGUCAUACUCAAGAUCCAGGUCAAGGUCAUAUUCUAGAUCUAGUUCAAGGUCUGACUCCAGAUCAAGAUCCAGAUCUAGAUCACGUUCUCCGGAGACACCAAGAUCCAAGUCAUCUGAGGAGCCAUCACAAUCAACAACGAAAAGUCUGCCAGUUCCAUCCGUAAAAGCCAGAGACAAAGAUGUGAUGAGUGACAUUGUGACAAGCAGCUCAAAGAAAAAGCCUCCCACUGGACACAGGCAAGGGAAAUUAUUAAAAAGAAGGCAAAUGAAGAAAUAUAGAUCUUUUGAAAUUGAUCCAGAUGCAUUCAUUGAGGAGAGAUUAACACAGAAAUAUAGAGAGCUGGAAGAUAUAGUGAAAGGAAAGAGCUUAAAGACAAACACAAUCACAAGACAAUAUAUAGGUCAAAUGGAGAUGUUACGAGAACAGUAUCACAUGGUGAGCCAUGGAUUAGCUCCCCCUGGGGUGAUUUUACCAAGAAGCCUGUCUCAAGAGAUGAGGAAUAAGGGUCAUCAGAAUUCUCAUUACAAGAAGAGGCCCCUCUCAGGGGAGAGUUAUAACAGUGAACUGUCCAACAAAUCCACGGAUAUGGCUUACCGAUCCAUGCAGAACAUUAUCAAAGACAGCAGAAAUCCAAAACAUGAAUAUCUUUCUAAGAAACAUAAGAAAAGGUCUAAGCGCAAGAAUUCCGAGUCAACCAUAGACAAUUCAUCAUUUCACUCACACAACACUGCAACUACACAGAAAACGGGCAGCACAGCAGUGACAACGCCCAGAGAUAUAGAUGAACAGGAGAGGAUGAACUACCACCUGAAGUAUUCCAGCAAAGAGGAGCUCAGAAUCUGGCUAAAAAAGAAAGAUAAACUCUACAGAAAGAAAGUUAAAGAAGAAAAGGCAAAGAAGAGGGCAGAGCGAGAGCAGAUGGUGCUGGAAGCCAAUGAAAAAUUUGAGAAGAGGCUUGAAGCUCAGAAAAUUUACAAAAAGUGGGCCGAUCAAAAAAAUAAGGAAAUUGCAGAUCAGAAAAGAAAAGAAAGGAAAGAACAUAAACGGAUUCUGAAGGAGUAUGAAGAGAAAAAUGAAAAGAAGAACAUCCGUCCAGAAUCUGCUCCUCUUAGACGCAAAGAUCCUUCUACGCCUGGUGGAAUAAAAGUGGAAGGAACUCCCGAAACAAAUGUUAAUAUAAGAGAGAAAUCAAACAAAUCACCAAAUGACUCUGCGCUCUUGGCCACUCCACAUCCACCCACCUCGAAGUUCAUUUACAAGCGCCCUGUAGCAGGACGAAUAAAGCUUGCUGUAAAUGGUAACAGUCCACAUGGCCAAAAAUCUGACCAAGAACGACCAAAAACUGCGUCAUCAUCACGAUCCAAAAGUGCUGAAGGUAACAGGAUGUCAUAUGAUCAAUGGGUUUCACAGAAACGGAAACAAGAUCAGAAGAAAAAAGAGUUGGAAGAAAAGCAUAAACAAGAUCAAAUGUCUAAAUCUGACCCAGAUCUUAACAAACUUAUUCCAGAUAUUGCAAGAAAAAGAGUCCACAAUGUUCUGGAAGGGAAAAAGAGAAUUGAUACUGGAGUGAAAAGAAUUGAUGAUAAAUUAAAUAAGAAAUUUGGAGGUGCAGAUUUUGAUUCAGAAAGGAAAGAGUCGGAAGCUAGCGAAAAUGUUCGUUAUUCUUACCGAUUGGAAUCGGACAGGACUGAAAAUCCAAAUCCUGGAGGUCAAAUAAACGUUUCUGGUAAGGCAAUAAAACGACCUCCAACAGGUACCAGGCGUCCUCAAACAGCCCCAGCAGGAAGGGUUCCACCUCCCAAAAAAUCCUCAGGAUCUCCACGGCAGGCUGUGGUUCCUAAACUGGAAGAUGUGAUGAAUGAGGAGAACUCUUCCAAUCCUUUUAAAGUGCCUUUCCCUGCUGAGGCAGGAGUACCUAAACAUGUAGCUUCCAGACAGAGGAAGCUUUUUGCAGAGCAGAUUUGGGAGAGGUUGGAGGGUGAAGAGAGACCUGAGCCACAGGGUAGUGAUGUUCCAGAACCUGCGACUUGUGUAGGAAUGGGAAGCCCUCCAGCUAACGACUCUAAACCAGAGACAGAAGACGAAAGGGAAAAUGAAAACAAAGAUAAAACAGAGAGUAGCAGAGGUAAAUCCGAAAGUGAAGAAACUGAAAAUGAAGAAUCGAAGAAAGGAGAGAGUGAGGAAAGUAAAGUGUUUUUGACUCAGUUUAAUUCAAUUGACAAUUUAAAUAAAAUUGAAAAUACAAAAUUUGAGGGAGAAAAAACGGAAGAUAGUGAUGAAAGUCCUGUGAUAGAAAAACUUAACCUAGAUUUUAACGAGAGUUCUCAGAGAGAAGAUGAAUCUGAUUCAGAACAAACAUCGACCGAUCGUGAUCAGAAGGAAGAGGAAAAGUCGAAGGAAAAAGAUGAAUCAACAGAAGAGAAAGAAGAAUCUUUGAAAGAUGAUAAAGGCAAUGAUAAAAAAGAAAGUGAACAAAAUGGAGAUGACAACAGUAAUGAAUCCAACAAUUCACAAACCGAGAAGGACAGUCUUAAAAAUGUAGAUAUUCUUAAUUUGGAUCUGGAGAACAUGACUCGCAGCAGCAAAAGGGUGUCAUUUAAUGAAGCUCCUGAGGUGUUUCAAACGGAAGAUUGGAGCACGGAUACCCAGACACCAGACGAGGAGAACUUUAAAUCUGAACUUGAAGAUUCUACUGAUUCCAGUGAAAAACAAAAUGUCACCUUUAGUGAUGAAGAUGAUUUCUGAAUAUAAUAUUUCAAAAAUCUCGGCAGUUUCUUCAAGUUUUUGUAUAUCCUUAACUGAGAUUUCCACCUAGGGCAUUGUAAUCAGACAUAGGAGAUCUCUAUUUAAUGAGCUACAUGUAGAGAUAUUUAUUGCUCUCAUUUAUCUAAUUGUCAUAGAGAAUAGAUUGUCACAAUUAUCACAAAACUGCAAUACUUUUCAUGUAAAACAGGAAAAAUUACAUACAUUUAAAUCAUAAAUCACACACCCGAUGUUAAAUGUAUCGACUACAUCAUCUGAAACAAUAUUACAUGUAUAUCCAUUUCUCGAUGGAAGUACAGGUUUAGGACACAUAAUUCAAUUUCUAAUUUUAUAUUUGAUAUUUGCCGUUUAGUAUUUUUUUUUAAAAUACUUCGAAUAUCUUUUACAGCUUCUUUAGAAAGACUACUAAAAUCGUUUUUCCUAAUGUGAGUACGUAGCCCUGUGCCAGGUGAGAAAUUGUAUGUGAGAUUGAGGUGCUAUACAGUGGUUACAUUUUCUUUACACUAAACGAAUUUAACAAAAUUUACCAGUGAUUUCCUAUCUUGUUAGGUAAAGAAAUAAAAAAAAAUGUACAUGAAUAAUUUGAAGAAAUUUUAACAUACAAGUAAUUAUCUAAUCAAUAAACUCUAUUGAAGUCUCCUAAGGUUAGAUUUCAAUAUUAGAUAUAUUAAAGUAUAUAUUACUAAUGAAGUUACCUUUUGUUUGAGAAGAAAUGUGAUAAGCAUGUAGAAGCAUAAAGAACUAAGUUUUAUGUUAUAUAUGGGAAGGCCAUGAUCUGGAUAACUGUACAACAGUUUACAGAGGUCGGACUUAUAAGUCCAGGGGCUCGCUUUACAAAAGAACUCACGACUGAGACCAAAAACUUCAGUUGAUUGUAAAAUCUUGUAAAAUUAAUAUUUCUAUUAAAAUAUGUUUGCAUAAAAAUAUCUUUCUAAUUUCUUUUUAAAAAGAUUUGAACCGUAUUCAAAUUAAUGUAAAAAAGAGUUAUUUGCAGUUUUGUCUUAGUCGUAACUUCUUUUGUAAAACGGGGCCCUGCAGUUGUAUAAAGACUGUGAUAGUGCUAUAUUAUUUUAUGAGAAAAUAUUGACUUUUUUUUGGUGUGAAGUAGUGAAUUAUGUACAUAAUAAAGCUAGAGUAAACAAUAUUGCACCUUUUCUAUCACAAAAACUAGGAAAAUUGUAUGUUCAGUUUUCCUGUCACUUUUUAGAAAUACUAUUCAGUUGUUGCCUCAUAGCUUGUAAUUUAAUUUGAUGCCAUAAAAUGUUACAGGAGAACUCAUUGAUAAAGGGGACACUACUAGUAUAUAACUUUCAAUUAAGGAAAAAUGUGCUUUUUUCAUAAAUGAUUUUUUUUUUUAUGUAUUUAUAUUUUUUUUUUGUUUCUUUAAUCAUUUUUAUAUUGUCCAGCUAUCAUUUCCUUACAGAUGUCUUGUUAAUGUACGUAUGUUGUGAAAACUCCGUCCAAUGGUUGAGAAUUCAUGGAUAUUAAUGAUUAUUUAAGAGAGAGAGAGAGAGAGAGAGAGAGCUAAUAUGUCACAGAUAGUUUUGUUUGUACUUCAUAAAGUACUGGAGCUAUGUAGAAUCUAUAGAAUUAAACAAAUGGU